AUGGCAGAAAACGACCACCCCUUCAUCAUUCGCCUGGCAGCAGCAGCAGCAGCAGCAACGGCGUUCUCGGAGUCGGGGCCCGUGAGCAGCCCCACAGUCGAUCCCGAUCCCGCUCCCGAUCCCGAUCUGGAGGAGACAAAAAGUGUUUGGGUCCGGAGAGGUGUGGGGUUGCUGCCGGGGGAGGGGCCCCCCAGUUUUGCUGCUGAGGGGGGCCCCCCAAGUGUCUCCAAGUACGGGGUGGCGUCUCUGCUGGUGCUUUUUGCUGCGCUGCUGCUUGCUGCUGCUGCAGUGCAGCAGGAGAUCGAGCUGAGCAAGGCGGAGGGUUUGCUGGAGGCGGAGCAGCAGCAGCAGCAGGACUUGGAGGAGCAGACGGGGCGGUUUGCUGCAGCACGAGAUGCUGCUGCUGCUGCUGCUGCGGAGUACCGGCGGGAGACGGAGGCGCUGGAGCAGCAGCAGGGCGGGCAGGUGCUGCUGCUGCAGCAGCUGCAGCAGAAGAUCGCAGCAGCAAACAGCGAAGCCACCGCGCUGCGGCAGGCCCCCGCAGACUCCGUUGCUGCUGCAGCAGCAGCAGCAGCAGAAGUGAAGAAGGCGAGCAUGCAGCUGAAGCUGGCGCGGAAAGAAAGGGACGAGGCGCAGCUGGCGCUGCAGCAGCUGCUGCUGCUGCAGCAGACGCCGGAAGCAGCAGCAGCAGCCGCGCUGCAGCAGCUCCAGGCCGAGAGACUCCGCCUCGAACGCGAAGAGGCCUGGCUCGAUGUCUGUCUCCUUGGAAAGGAGACACAAGACAAGGAGACUUUUAUUUCUUUGAAGCAGCAGCAGCUGCAUCUCGUGGAGACAGAAGUAGCAGCAGCAGAAGAGGAAGUGCGGGAGUGGGCGGAGGAGACAGAGCGGGCGGGGCGCGAGCUGCAGCGGGAGGCAGCAGCAGCAGCGGCGGCGCUGCAGCAGCUGCAGCAGCAGCAGCAGCAGCUCGCCGCAGACGCUGCAGCAGCAGCUGAGGAGCUCCAGGAGACUCUCGAAAUCAAAAAGGAGACACAAGAAGAGAUCGAGGCCCUCGAGCUGCUGCUGGACACCGGAGUUGAGCAGCUGGUGAAGCUGCAGGACGCCCCCACAGUUUUGCUGCGGCGGCAGCAGCAGCUGCAGCAGGCCACGCUGCUGCAGCAGCAGCUGCAGCACGAGAUCGAGGGCCUCGUCGGCGCAGGGCCUGCCGCCGCCGCCGAAGCAGCAGCAGCAGCCGCAGCAGCAGCAGCAGCCCAGCAGGAGGCGCAGCAGCUCGCCCAGCUCUCCCCCGAGGAGCAGCAGCUGCUGCUGCUGCUGCAGCGCCGCCUGCUGCUGCUGCGGCAGCUCCGCGAAGCAGAAGCAGAAGCAGCUUUCUUCAGCGACAAACAAGACAAGUUCAAACUUGCUGCUGCUCUCAGCCGCCUCAUAAGGGCCCAGGCGGAAGCAGCAGUGAGCGAGUUUGUGGGGCCCGAGGAGGCGGACGGAGACGAUCCCAGCUCCCGCGGAGACGAUCCCAGCUCCCAGGAAGACGAUCCCAGCUCCCGAGAAGACGAUCCCAGCCCCCAGGAAGACGAUCCCGACGAUCCCGGCUCCGAGGGAGACGAUCCCAGCUCCGAGGGAGACGAUCCCAGCUUCAAGGCAGACGAUCCCAGCUCCGAAGGAGACGAUCCCGGGGCGGUGAAGGACCCCGCACUUGCUGCUGCGCGUGCUGCUGUUGCUGCUGCUCGGCAGCAGCUGGAGGAGAAGCAGCAGCGGAAGCAAACACUGGACGCGCUGCUGCUGCACCUGAAGCAGCAGCUGAACGAGACGGAGCAGCAAAUAGAGAAGCAGCAGCAGCAGCUGGAGACGAUCCAGGAGACGAACCUGGAGACGAUCCGGAACCCCACAGCAGCAGCAAUUGCCCGAGCUGAUGCAGUUGCUGCUGCGCUGCAGCACACGGAAAGAGCUGUGAAGCUGCUGCAGCGGAAAGCAGCAAAAGCAAGGAGACGGCUGGAAGACAAAGCAGCAAAAGCAGCAGCAGCAGGAGCAACAGCAGACUUUGCUGCCAGCUUGACUGAAUACAUAGUGCAGCAGAAGCAAAAAGAAGAGGCCUUUUUGGUGGCUUUGGACUUGCUGCUGCAGCAGCUCAACAGCUUGCGAGCAGCAGCAGCAGCAGCAAAAGACGACCUGAGCCGGAUGAAGAGACAGGAGCGGCUGCUGGGGCUUGCUGUUGGGGAGCUGGAAGCAGCAGCAGCAGCAGGCGAGGCUUCGCCGCAGCAGCAGCAGGUCGUGCGGCUGCUGCAGCAGGAGAUCGAAAAGGAGACAGUGCAGCUGCAGCAGCAGCUGCGCGAAUGCAAGGAGACACAGGAGGGCCUCAGCAGCUGGCUGGAGGACUUGAGCGAGGCGCCGCAGGAGACAGAGCUGCUGCUGCUGCAGCAGCAAGCAGCAGCAGCAGCAGCGCUGCAGCGGGAAAAGGCCCGGCAGCAGCACAUUGAAAAGCGUCUCCGAACUCUCGAAGAAAGAGCAGCAGCAAAUCUCAAAAAGGAGGUUGCUGAUAUGUUUACAGAAGCGCUGCUGCUGCAGCAGCAGCGCCUCCGCAUGGUCGCCCCCCCGCGCCUCCCUGAGCAGCAGCAGCAGCAGCAGCAGCAGCAGCAGCAGCAGCAGCAGAAGCAGCAGCAGCAGCGGAAGCUGCUGCGGGUGAUGCACAAGCUGUACCGGAGUGAAAUAAAUGAAGAGCUGAGGAGACUUAAGGACUUGGAAGCAGCAGCAACAGCAGUGGAGGAUGAGCUGUCUCCUUUUGUGUCUCCUGGAAGUCUGCCGGGGGCAGCAGCAGCAGCAGCAGCAGCAGCAGCAGAGGCGAAAGCAGCAGCAGCACCCUUCCGCUUCCCCGAGGGCCGCAGCCACAGAUUUGCUGGCGAACAAGUGCAGCAAAGACCUGCUGCUGCAGAAAGGAGACAGUUGGAAGAUGGCUGGAUGGGGGAGACUUACAGAGUGGGCCUCAGGCUCAGCAAGGAGGCCAAACAGAAAAGGGACUGA